GAUGGGAUUAGCCUACGAGCGGAAGUGAUGUCACCGCAGGCCGUCUCCUCCAUGUUAUUGUUAUUGUGGCCGCGGGAUGGUGUAGACGGGAGCUUUGGUUUUUCUCCCAGCGAGCAAAACCCACCGACAUGAACGGCAUCACUAAGAGCCGUUUCGAGGUUUUCUGCACCAACGAUGAGGCCCCCAUUAACAAAAAGCUUCCUAAGGAACUACUGCUGAGAAUAUUUUCUUACCUUGAUGUGGUCACCUUAUGCCGAUGUGCUCAGGUAUCUAAGGCUUGGAACAUCCUAGCACUGGAUGGGAGCAACUGGCAGAAGAUCGACCUGUUCAACUUCCAGACGGACAUCGAGGGCCGCGUGGUAGAAAACAUUUCUAAGCGCUGUGGGGGUUUCCUGCGGCAGCUCAGCUUGAGGGGCUGCCUCAGCGUGGGAGAUGCCUCGAUGAAAACUUUUGCUCAAAACUGCAGGAAUAUUGAAAGUCUGAAUCUCAAUGGCUGCACAAAAAUUACAGACAGCACAUCUGCAAGUCUAAGCAAAUUUUGCCCCAAGCUGAGACAUCUGGACUUGACAUCCUGUGUGUCCAUAACCAAUAACGCCUUAAAGGCUUUAAGCGAGGGCUGUCGCCACCUGGAGCACCUGAAUAUCUCUUGGUGUGACCAGAUCACAAAAGAUGGCAUUGAGGCCCUGGUGAGAGGAUGUCCUGGUCUCCAAGCACUGUUCCUGCGGGGCUGCACACAGCUUGAUGACGAUGCGCUGAAGCACAUCCAGAAGCACUGUCCAGAGCUGUUGACCAUCAACUUGCAGUCGUGUACACAGAUCUCAGACGAAGGGCUGGUGAGUCUGUGCCGCGGCUGUCACAAGCUGCAGAUCCUGUGUGUCUCCGGCUGCUCCAGCAUCACAGACGCCUCCCUUACAGCACUCGGCCUCAACUGUCCCAGGCUCAAGAUCCUGGAGGCAGCCCGCUGCUCUCACCUGACAGAUGCCGGCUUCACUAUUUUAGCUCGGAACUGCCAUGAGUUGGAGAAGAUGGACUUGGAAGAAUGCAUUCUGGUGACAGACAACACCCUGGUGCAGCUGUCCAUCCACUGUCCCCACCUGCAAGCACUGAGCUUAUCUCACUGUGAGCUUAUUACCGAUGAUGGCAUCCGUCACCUGAGCAACAGCACCUGUGGCCAUGAGCGUCUCCAGGUGGUCGAGCUGGACAACUGCCCACUAAUCACAGAUGUAACACUGGAGCAUCUAAAGAACUGCCAUAACCUUGAGAGGAUUGAGCUGUAUGACUGCCAACAGGUCACAAGGGCAGGCAUCAAGAGAAUUCGGGCCCACCUCCCUGAGAUAAAGGUGCACGCCUACUUUGCUCCUGUGACUCCACCCCCUUCGAUGGGUGGCAGUGGUCCACGUCUCUGCAGAUGUUGUGUGAUCCUUUGAUGGCGGCCUGCUGAGUAGAUUUGCAGGACAUCUGCUGCUCUUGAGGAGUAGUGCUGGUGACUUCAUUCAGACCCCUGUGUGGGGAGGGAAGGGAUCACUUGCUGAGGCUUCAAGCCGAGCGAUGGAUGCCAACAAUUUUUUAAAGAGUGGGAGGAAAGGAAUGCUGGGAUUUCCUUUUCAGUGACUUUUGUAGCCCUUGUGUUGUUGUGGUCCUUGAGGUGACGUAUUGAUGAUGUGCGCUCACUAUGUGGAUAGUAACGUGACUCGUUUGGUAUAUAUCGGGGGUGUCAGGUUGAAUGCAGGGCCAGGAGAUGAAAGUGCCCAGUGGUGAGUUCGGCAGUGGCCACACGCUUUAUUUAUUUGGUAUUUCUGUUGCACAAUAAGGCUCUGACAAAUAAAGAAUGUUCUUGUUUGAGCAGCAGGUGGCGCUGUUCCAGCACAUCACAUAUGCUAAAUAAAAGCAAUGAAAAAGCUGG